GGAGGUGUCAGUAGCUGGAACCACGCAGCUCACGGAAGAGCACCCCGCUGCUCAGUGCACUGGAGCGCCCCGCAGCUUGGUGUCCGCCUGACCAUCUGAGCCCCACGGUGCAGUCUGUAGGGCGCACCACCAGGAACCAUGAGCAACCCAUUUGCACAGCUCAUUGAGCCUUUGGAUCCUGCACAGCCAGAGAAGAAAUUCUUUAAUUUGAAUAAAUUGAAUGAUUCAAGAUAUGGACGCUUGCCAUUUUCUAUCAGAAUUCUCCUGGAGGCAGCCAUUCGGAACUGUGAUGACUUUUUGGUGAAAAAAAAUGAUGCCGAAAAUAUCCUGAACUGGAAGGUCAUGCAGCAUGAGAACAUAGAGGUGCCAUUUAAGCCUGCCCGUGUCAUCCUGCAUGACUUCACGGGUGUGCCAGCUGUGGUUGACCUUGCUGCAAUGCGUGAUGCUGUGAAAAAGUUAGGAGGAGAUCCAGAGAAAAUAAACCCUGUCUGUCCUGCUGAUCUUGUAAUUGAUCAUUCUGUCCAAGUCGAUUUCAGCAGAAGGGCAGACAGUUUACAGAAGAAUCAAGACCUGGAAUUUGAAAGAAAUAGAGAACGAUUUGAAUUUUUGAAGUGGGGUUCCCAGGCUUUUCACAACAUGAGGAUUAUUCCCCCUGGCUCAGGAAUCAUCCACCAGGUGAAUCUGGAGUAUUUGGCAAGAGUGGUAUUUGAUAAGGAUGGAUAUUAUUACCCAGAGAGCCUCGUGGGCACAGACUCACACACUACCAUGAUUGAUGGUUUGGGUGUUCUCGGAUGGGGUGUGGGUGGGAUCGAAGCAGAAGCUGUCAUGCUGGGCCAGCCAAUCAGCUUGGUGCUUCCCCAGGUGAUCGGCUACAAGUUGACGGGAAACCCCCACCCCCUGGUGACAUCCACUGACAUCGUGCUCACCAUCACCAAGCACCUCCGCCAGGUUGGGGUAGUUGGUCAAUUUGUUGAGUUCUUCGGGCCAGGAGUUGCCCAGUUGUCCAUUGCUGACCGAGCUACGAUUGCCAACAUGUGUCCAGAGUAUGGAGCAACUGCUGCCUUUUUCCCAGUUGACGAAGUUAGUAUCAAGUACCUGCUGCAGACAGGUCGUGAUGAAGAAAAGGUAAAGCACAUUAAAAAGUAUCUUCAGGCUGUAGGAAUGUUUCGGGAUUUCAAUGACUCCUCUCAGGACCCAGAUUUUGCCCAGGUGGUGGAAUUAGAUUUGAAAACAGUAGUGCCUUGCUGCAGUGGACCCAAAAGGCCACAGGACAAAGUUGCUGUGUCUGACAUGAAAAAGGACUUUGAAAGCUGCCUUGGAGCUAAGCAAGGGUUUAAAGGAUUCCAAGUUGCUCCAGACCACCAUGGUGACCACAAGACGUUUGUCUAUAAUAACAGCGAAUUCACCCUUACUCAUGGCUCUGUGGUCAUCGCUGCCAUCACUAGCUGCACCAACACCAGCAAUCCGUCCGUGAUGUUAGGAGCAGGACUGUUAGCAAAGAAAGCUGUGGAUGCCGGCCUGACCGUGAAGCCUUACAUCAAAACUAGCCUGUCUCCCGGGAGUGGUGUGGUCACCUACUACCUGCGAGAAAGCGGAGUCAUGCCUUCUCUGUCUCAGCUUGGGUUUGAUGUGGUGGGCUACGGCUGCAUGACCUGCAUUGGCAACAGUGGGCCCUUGCCUGAACCUGUGGUAGAAGCCAUCACACAGGGAGAUCUCGUAGCUGUUGGAGUAUUGUCUGGGAACAGGAAUUUUGAAGGCCGAGUCCACCCCAAUACCCGUGCCAACUAUUUAGCCUCUCCACCCUUAGUGAUAGCAUAUGCAAUUGCUGGGACCGUCAGGAUCGACUUUGAGAAAGAACCAUUGGGGGUAAAUGCAAAGGGACAACAGGUGUUUCUGAAAGAUAUCUGGCCAAGUAGAGAGGAGAUCCAGGCGGUGGAAUGGAAGUACGUCAUCCCUGGGAUGUUUAAGGAGGUCUAUCAGAAAAUAGAGACUGUGAAUGAAAGCUGGAAUGCCUUAGCAGCCCCAUCAGAUAAGCUGUAUUACUGGAAUCCCAAAUCUACAUACAUUAAGUCACCACCAUUUUUUGAAAACCUGACUUUAGAGCUUCAGCCCCCUAAAUCUAUUGUGGAUGCCUAUGUGCUGUUAAAUUUGGGAGAUUCAGUAACAACUGACCACAUCUCUCCAGCUGGAAAUAUUGCAAGAAACAGCCCUGCAGCUCGCUACUUAACUAGCAGAGGCCUGACUCCACGGGAAUUCAACUCCUACGGUUCCCGCCGAGGUAAUGAUGCCAUCAUGGUACGUGGGACGUUUGCCAACAUUCGCUUAUUAAACAAAUUUUUGAACAAGCAGGCACCACAGACUAUACAUCUGCCUUCGGGAGAAAUUCUUGAUGUGUUCGAUGCUGCUGAGAGGUACAAGCAGGCAGGCCUUCCCCUGAUCAUUCUGGCCGGCAAAGAGUAUGGCUCGGGCAGCUCCCGGGACUGGGCAGCCAAGGGCCCUUUCCUCCUGGGAAUCAAAGCUGUCUUGGCUGAGAGUUACGAGCGCAUUCACCGCAGUAACUUGGUCGGCAUGGGCGUGAUCCCCCUUGAAUACCUCCCUGGGGAGACUGCAGACACCCUGGGACUCACAGGGCAGGAACGGUACACCAUCAGCAUCCCAGGAAACCUCAAACCACGAAUGGAAGUCCAGGUCAAGCUGGAUACUGGGAAGACCUUCCAGGCCGUCAUGAGGUUUGACACCGAUGUGGAGGUCACUUAUUUCCGCAACGGGGGCAUCCUGAACUACAUGAUCCGCAAGAUGGCCAAGUAGGCCUUCAGUUCUUAGAAGACCUGUGCUGACAACUGCAUACAGGGAGGGUGUGCAGCGCCGCCAGCCUGCCGAGCCCCUGGUGCAGAAGCAUCCCCCAGCCUCCACACAGGUGCUGCCUUGCAGACGGAGCACAUGAGCACUGGCGUUCUAGUGCCAUUCCUCCAGGCACAAAAUCAGCAGUUUCUACAUUCUUUAUUUUUAUUAAUCUUUUUGUCUUUUUUCUAGAAUUUGAAAACUAGCAUAGUAGGAAUAUCAGUAGUGCCAGAAAGAAGUGAGCUUGUCUUUAAAUUUACUGAUCACAGAAUGUUGAUUUUUUUACUCUUAGCCUGUUAAUGUUCAUCUGAACAUAUAUAAGUCUUCCCAGAAGGUAUUUCAUGUCCCCUUUGGUGUCCAUCUGUUCUCCACAACUCAGUGAAACCUUUCCCCUGGGGGCCUUUUGCUGUUACACUAGUGUUAACUGACAAGGGUAGAUAGGAACUUCUGCAUACGUCAGAUCACACCGGUGACUGCAAUUCUCCCUGCCCCCGUCCUUUGGAGUGAAUGAUCCAGACACCUGUGGACAAGUCAGAUGUUGAAACUUUUCAUUAUUUACCUUUUGAUGGGUCAACAUUAAAGAAGUGUGAAGUUGUCUUUUACUAUCUUCAAAAUUUUCCCCCAGAAAUGUUUUUCACUUGUCAAUAAGAUAACUUUGUUUAGAGAUGGUUUUGGAAAGAGACACAGAAUAUUUCUAAUUUGAAUAAACUUAAUUCUAUUUUC